GCUCUGUAUUAUAUUAGGUUUAGUGGUUAGCAUCAAUGAAAUCUCUUCACACCCAAAAGCACAGUCUAUUAUUUUCUUUACCUCAUCUCUGGCCCGCUAUCACAAAAUCAGGGGCCUCAGCCAAAGUGUUACAAGAGGCCCAGAAACCUUCACGCUGGCGCGUCUUUUGUGUCCGUGCAUUGAUAUCCUUAUCCGUCUCCAUCUUUCCAUCUUUCCCCCACUUGGACCCGUCCCCAUCCCCUACUAGUGCACCUAUUUUUUGCUACAUAUUGUGCAUUAUUGUGAAUUAUUUCCCACUGUUUCUAUCACAUCUAUUGAAACCCCUGAGUGCCCGCAAACGCCUUCAUUGGGGAGCUCUUGGUAGGGGGGUCGAUCGUGCCUCCACACCAUCCAUGAGAUCUCUUGGCCUGUGAAAGUACCGAGGUCUUAGCUCUCAAAUGAUGGCCCAUCAGCACGUCAGCCCUGUCGCACUUAAAUGAAGCCAAGCCCCAGACAGUCUCAGGUAUAUUUCUUCGUUUGAUCCUCUUCUGGUCUCCAACGUCGGUAUCGGAUUUCCAGCGCCGAUAAUACAGCACAUGGUGCCUGACGACCCGCUAUGAGAUCUCCUCCGCCAGAAGUCCUGGCGUCGUGGCCGAAGCCGAAUUAUGUCGACCCGGAACGUAGGGGGAACGAGGGCGUCAUCGUGCAGUCCAUACUCGUCGUCCUGGUCACAGCAAUGGUUAUCAUACGUCUAUAUGCGAGGAUUGUUAUUACGAGGGCUGGCAUCGGUUUGGAUGAUGCCUUGAUCAUCAUUUCUUGGGUAUUCGCGAUGGGCCUGACUGCCGGUGUUCUACUCGCCAUUGAACGGUAUGGUUGGGAUAUACAUGUUUGGGAUCUCCCACCAAAAGAUCUGGUUGUCAGCCGGAUGGUUAGCUGGGCGAGCAUGGUCCUAUACAUCACAACCACGUCUCUUACCAAAACGUCCAUCCUCGUCUUCUAUCUACGAAUUCUUGUCGCCAAGGUCGAUAAAAUCGUCACCAAAGUCACCAUCGUAGUCGUUGUCGUCUACUACAUAGCCUCCUUCCUAGCCCUCUUCCUCCAGUGCCGACCCUUCCAGCACUACUGGGAAAUCCUCAUCCCCACCUCCGUCGGCACCUGCAUCGACGAGAGCAUACAUAUGAUCACCAGCGCCGUUUUGAACAUCAUCAUAGAGAUCGCCAUAUUACUCAUCCCGCUCCGCUCCCUCUUCGCCCUCCGCAUCCGCACAACCCAGAAAGUCCACCUCAUAUCUCUGUUUUCCGUUGGACUGCUCGUCAUCGCCGCCGCCAGCGUCCGCCUGGUGUAUGUAGUCAUCAUCAUGCAGGAAUCAUACGACGUAUCCUGGUACGGAUAUUUCGGCUGGCUAUGGGCGUCGAUCGAGGUACAUGUAUCCAUCAUCUGCGCGUGUGUGCCGUCUUGUCGCGCCUUCUUCGUGGCGUGGAACCGAUCGUUGAGUAAUAGCGGGAGCAAGAUGGGGGGGCGGAGUGGCACGUAUCCGAGUGGUGCGGCGAGGAGCUAUAAUAAUAUUGAGGAUGACGUUAUGGGGCUUACAGAUAGGCGGUUAGGGACUCAGGCGAGGGUGUCGGCGCGGACUAGGAGGAGUGAGAGCGAAGAGGAUAGCAUGGAGGGGUCGAAGGGGGUUACGAUACGGAUGGAGGUGAUGCAGUAUGAGGAGGAAUACCGGGAGGGGGUGCGGAAGAGCCGCGCGCAGAACGUGUGUGGCGUAAGAGACGCAGGGCUGGAGUUGGGGAUCGAAAAUCACGGCGCUGUGCGGGGGCCGUGAUAAUCAGGAGUAAAUAAUUUCUUGUUAGGUUCAGCUUGGAGCUUGGGAACGGAUGGGUAUCUAGGCCUUGGGAUAGACGUUAGGUCUUUUAUUUAUUAUGUAGAUUAGCGCCCUGUGGCCGUAAAAUAUAAUCGUAUUCUCUCCUACACUACAGCUGCACAAACUCUUGAGGCUCAAAGAGGAAGUGCUGAUGCGGAGAACUUCAGCCACUCACUCUUGGCUACAUUAUACA